AUGUUGCGAUCCUACAGUAUACGCCACAGUUUUCUCAAAGCUGGACUUAACAAGAUCGGCAGCCUAAGGGCCGGUGGAACCUGGAAGCCCAUAAGCACACUGAGCACCGAAACAAAGAUCAGGUCCAGCCGUCUGCUACAAAAAAUGAUGAGAGAGGUGAUUACGUCUCUACCACCAACCUUCAGACAGGCUCUGGAGGAGGAAGAACAUUUUGCCAGAUCAUCAGAUAUGCUGUUUAGAGUAACUGAGGGCAGCACAGUAAUUCUUUCCUGUCAUUACUCAGUAAAGCAGCAUGGCCUUAGCCAAGCGUGCUGGGGUCGAGACUGUGGAACUUUCUGGUGUAACGACAUUGUUAUACAGACAGAUGAAAACGGCGUGAUCUCAAAGGUCUCAGACAGGUACAGACUCAUUGGAGAUGUGCUCUCUGGCCAAAUGGACCUGGGAAUUCAGAAGAUUCAAAAGACAGACAGCGGACCUUACUGCUGCAGGGUUAACAUAGAUGGGUUUUUUAAUGACAAGAAGGUCACCUACACUCUGAAGGUUAUGAAAGCUCCAACAACAACAGCACCAACAACAACUACUACCACUACUACUACACUUUACACUACAGAACCACUGCAGAAUCAGACGGGGUCUUCACUCUUAGACCAGCCCUUGGAAACAGGGUCAUCAGUUUUUGACAUUUCCUGGCAGAACCUUACCCUACAGAAGUCUGAGUCUGUGUCGGAAGAACCAGUAUCAACCAUAACGUUACAGAUAAACAUCCCAGUGUUGUCUCUGCUGCUCAGUCUGCUGUUGCUUCUGAUGGGGGCAUUAGCACUGCUAGCCUUCAAGCGUGGAUUUCAUAUAAAAGUGCUAGACAGUCCAUGUCUCUCAAAGGAGCCCAGACACAUUGCUCAUGAAAUACGCACCAGAAGACCUGUGGAGGAAAACAUCUAUAUUCUGGAAUAAGCACACACCCACCUCCCUGUGCACAUCUACACUUACACACAUGUACACACACACCAUUAAUAACCCCAAAACAUGGGUGCCAUAUCAUCUGGCAUAAGCUAACCCAACAUAAUAAGAACAUGCCAACAGUAAAAUAUGGUGACUGGUGUAUUGUGUGGGGAUGGUUUGCUUCUUCAGAGCUUCAGGGAAACAUGUUGGGCAACAUGAACAGGCAAUAAAAUAGACUAUUACAAAUAACACAAACAAAUAGAAUAAAACUAUAGUAUAGUGGUAUAGUAUUGUUUCAAAGACCACUGUAGAAAUGUCAUUUUUCAAAUACAUGCUUUGUAAAGACACUCAUGUAUUCAUAUGCGUUGGAUCAUCCAUUAAAGAUGUUUAUUAAAAACUGUUUCAAAGUUCUCUAUGUACUAACACUAUAAACAUGCUGUUGUUGUUGUUGUUGUUGUUGUUUUCUUUUUUUUAUAAUAAAUUCUAA